AUGGCCACUCGAUGGUGGCUCGCAGCAGGGCCCAUGCGCGCCGCGUGGAGUCCGUUCCGGACUUCCAUGCAGGUGCGCAUGGUCCAAUCGGCGGCUAUGAGUCUGCGUGCGCAGCUCAACCCCCCGUCGCCCGAUCGUGAAAAGCCCACAUCGCCUACGUAUUACACGACGAAGCCGUCGUUCAUGGAUACGUUGCAGAUGCUCGAUAAGCUCACGCGUGAGAUUAAGCGUGAGCUGGAGCAGGCAUACAUCCUUGCUCCGAACGCCCGUCCGCCGCCGAUGCCGCAAGGCGCUGCGGUUGCGUGGGUCUCGCGCGAACGACUGAGCGGCUUGUUGGGUCUGCCGCUCCGAAACGCACAGUACAGUAACAUUACAUCGCGCUUGUCGCUUCUGCUGCGUUACCGUGACCUAGCGCUGAAACACUUUAGCGGCCAGUCGCCACUGGGCGCACGAAUUACGACGCAGCAGCGUGAGAUUGUCCAGCAGAUCGUCGAAGUGCUCGACUCGUUUACCAGUGAACAUACACGCGAAAAGCAGACCCAAGGCGAGGCUUCGGACUUUGUAGGCUCGUCGGCGCGUGGAAAAAUCGACGAUCAGGGCCGUGCCUAUGCACGCGGCCGUCGGAAAGAAAGCAGUGCGCGUGUAUGGCUCGUCCAGACCAAGCCACAACAGGAUGGCACACUGCCCAUCGGUCAGAUCCUGGUCAACAACGUGCCCAUGAGUGAAUAUUUCCUGCGUACCGCACAUCGCGAGGCAGUGACAUGGCCUUUGAAGCUGGCUGGCCUCCUGGGUGCGUACAAUGUGUUCGCGAUUGUGCGUGGCGGCGGCGCGUCAGGUCAGGCAGGCGCCUUGGCGCAUGGAAUCGCGAAUGCGCUGGUCGCCUCGCUUGGUGCUGCCGAGGGUGAGCAUGCCAAGGAGACACGCGACCGUGUACGCCAGGUCCUCGUGAAGGACGGUGUAUUGAACCGUGAUCCACGUAUGGUCGAGCGUAAGAAACCGGGUCUCGCCAAGGCGCGCAAGGCCUGGACCUGGGUCAAGCGUUGA